CAUAUAAAUGCUGAACAUAGUGUUGUGACAAUCAUUUGAGUGCCGGGUCAGAAACUUUCAACGAAAUUAUACAUUACCGUUCACAAGUUAAGACGGUUCGUUAGUACAUAUCAGUGAUAAAAAGGACACAGGAAUUUGGAUUAUUGUAAUGAACAUUGCAGAUUAAGAAAUUAACAUCCCUGUUGGAGAUACGGACUUGCUUUAUACGCAAGGAAGACAAUGAGAGUGCGUCCAGUUCACACAAAAGCAAUCUUCAUUUCUAUCGUUUUCUUCACGUUUUGCUGUCUUUGUGACGUCACAGAAGGGAUUUUUCGUUCAAAACAGUCAUGGCUGAAUGAUGUAAAAACAUCACAACGUCACUACGGCAUUGCUGCUAGUGAUGUGGACGAUGACGGCCAUAUAGAUUGGAUAGUUGCAGGAUUCGAUGGACCGAAUUUUGUUCUUAAAUAUGACUCCAAAGCGAAACGUCUUGUUAACAUCGCCGUUCGGAACUCUGCUUAUGCGGCCAUUAUGGAUGAACCAGGACAAGCCAUCGGCAUAGCCGCCUGCGACAUAGACGGCGACGGAAAAGAGGAAAUCUAUGUUCUCAACACAAACAAGGCGUUCGCUGGAAUGUCCUCGUACAGUGAUAAGUUGUUUAAAUGGAGAAAUGGAUCUUUCGUAGAUCUUUAUUCCGAUCCCGUCAACAGAAACAUUACGGCGAAAAAUUACGCCGGUCGUUCAGUAGCCUGCAUUGACAGAGAAGGUCGUGGCCGAUAUUCUUUUAUAAUAACGGCAUAUGCCGAUGACAAAAAUGCAAAAUUUGCUAUGAUUGAAAUGGACUUGGGUCACCGCGAUAAUUACGUUCGAACUGGAAAUAUUGUCCUCGUUGAUGUUGCUGAAGAAGCAGGUAUAGCACAGGCGACGGGUGGGCGUGGGGUAGUUGUUGGACCCAUACUCGGAAAUAACGGCCGCUCGGAUAUCUUUUUCGGUAACGAAAACAGCCCAUGGUUAAAACUCUCCGGUGACAACUUCUUGUUCAAAAAUCUUGGCAACGGGAGUUUCGCUGAUGUAGCUGUGAAGUUAAAUUUGGCCGAUGGUUACAGCAAUGCUCGUGGUGUUGCCCUAGGCGAUUUUGACGAAAAUGGAUGGAUAGAUAUUGUGGUUGGAAAUUGGAAUGGACAUCACCGACUUUACCUACAGGAUAAAGACACCGGGAAAUUCCGGAAUAUCGCAAACAUGGAAUUCGAUAAUCCAUCCUUGGUAAGAACUGUUAUGGUGGCUGAUUUUAACAAUGACGGAUCAACGGAUAUAUUUUUUAAUCAUUUUUGCAGUAGAGACGGAGCGCCCUUGUAUAACCGACUUACAACGAUAUCUAAAUUUGGAACGGAAAUAAGACAAAAUGUCGGGGAUGCUGGAAUGGCGAGCGAGCCUUACGGGUGCGGAACUGGAGGCAGUUACGCAGAUAUAGAUGAGGAUGGACACUUAGAUAUGAUUCUAUCGCAUGCGGAUAGCUUUGCCGAUCCUUCUACCGCCCCGCUCACUGUGUUUCGUGCCUCGUCUUCAAACAGAAACAGGUGGAUUCGAGUGGCACCAAAAACCGUGUAUGGCGGACCAGCACGUGGUUCUCUAGUGACACUCAGUUUUCCUAAUGGGAGACAACUCUCACAAGUGAUUGACGGUGGGUCAGGCUAUUUGUGCCAAAUGGAGCCUGUCGCUCAUUUCGGAUUGGGAUCAAGUUUUCCAAAUUCUGUAUUCAUCCGUUGGCCUGAUGGACGGACAUAUACCAAGCGAAUAAAUAGGUUUGAACUAAAUCAGGUUCAUACUGUAGAUUGGGGUUGGUCGACCAAGUAAAAUCAUCUCGUUUUCUGACAGAAUUUCUGGUAUUGUAUAAAUAUGUGUGCAUGUUUAGUAAAUUGUUGCCUGGAUUGUUCACAAUAGUUUCAUUGUACAAGCACUGACUUUAUAAAUACUUCGGUAUCAUUGUGCUGAAACGAGACAUGAUAAUAGCCGUGUUGAUGAAUUGUCCAAGCAUGCGAAUACUUUUGUUUGCUGCAAACGAUAUGUUUACGAUAAUAAUGUUUCAUGAAAUAAACAACAGUUUUUGUAUUGUG